AUGCCAAAGGACACUUCUUCCCGUAUCAAGAAACUCAUCAAGGGCCGACAAGGAAAGCCUCUUCAUACCGAAUAUUUAGAAAAUGAAGAAGGAGAAGAAAACAACAAACAAAGAAAAGCUCUCCAGAGAAUUCAAAAGAGAGCUUUGGGUAAAAAAGUAAACAUCAUCGGAGAUGAUUAUAAAGCUGAUGAUAUCGAUGAGGAAGUAGAUGAAGAUUUUCUUGAUGCUAAAACAACACAAAGAAUUGAAAACGUAGUGAAGAAACAACAGGCUGAAUUUGAUAUGGACGAUGAUGACGAAGAGCAAGUUAGUUCAAUUUUGGAAGUACUAACAUCAACAACGACAACAAAAAGCAAUAAGAAAAAAUCGGUACCAGAAUAUGUAGAAAUUCAAUUAGAAGAAGAAGACGAGAAUGCAUUGAAUUUCUUUUUAGGAGAUAAAGAAGACGAUGAACACGGAGAACCUAUUAACAUUUCCGACGUUAUUUUACAAAAAAUCAAAGAAAAGGAACAAUCACAAGAAGCUAAAACUGAUCCAACUUUAGUGUCAUCUCUUCAGUUUGAUGAAAAGGCAUUGGAGGAAAAGUUGCACAAGAAAGUUGUUGCAUCUUAUAGAGCUUUGGGAACAAUUCUGAAAAAGUAUAGAUCUGGAAAACUUCCAAAGGUAUUUGCAAUUAUUCCUACUCUCUCAAAUUGGGAAGAAAUUCUCUAUUUAACGCAACCAGACAAAUGGUCAACUCAAGCAGUAUACAAAGCCACCAAACUAUUCGUCUCUCAAGGAAACGACUUUAUCACACAACGAUUUUUGAAUAUGAUCUUAUUACCAAGGGUGAGAAAUGAUAUUUUGACAUCAAACAAGAAGAAAUCUGGACCAAAUUCACACUUUGUGUCUCGUAAGCAACUCAAGUUAAAUCAUCAUCUUUAUCAAUCUAUUAUCAAAGCUACAUGGAGACCUGCUGCCUUGUUUAAGGGAUUUAUUAUACCUCUAUGUGAAGAUGGGCAAUGUACUGUUAAGGAAGCACAUAUUAUUGGAGGAAUUUUGAAAAAGAUGACCAUUCCAGUUAUGCAUUCUGCAGCUGCUCUUUUGAAAAUUGCAUCUCUCAACUACUCCAACACAAAUUGCAUGUUUAUUAAGGUGUUUUUGGAUAAGAGAUAUGUUCUCCCAACUCAAGUGGUUCAAGGAGUAGUUUCAUACUUUACUCGAUUUUUAAAUAUUUCACCAGAGGCUUCCAAUAUUCAUAACAUUUGGUAUCAAACACUUCUUACCUUUGCUAUCUAUUACGGAUCCAAGUUGAGUAAGGAACAAAAACAACAGCUCAAACAAGUCUGUAAGACACACAAACAAAAUUCUGCUAUGAGUGUAGAAAUUGUCAAAGCUCUUAACAAUCCAACUGGCAUUCUUCCUCAACAUAAAUCCAAGUACCCAUCAAAGGAAGGUUCAAUGCAAGUGGACGAAGAUGGUCAAUAA